CGUACGCCGCCGGGGGACAUCAAUGGUGGAGUACGCGUCCAUUCAGGGAAAGGUCUGAGAGAGACCAUUAGUGGGGCUUACAUGGAGAGCUGAAACUGAAUAUGAGGUUAACGUCCUUAAUGAUGUACAUAUCUUCGGUUCUGCUAGUUAUUUUGUAUGUAUAUAUUGGAUUUUCUGAAGCUGCACCUCGCAUCAGCCCGUACGAUGCGUCGCCUAUCUCCAGGAAGCCCGGCUCAGCCCCCGACACCUGGGAGACCUUCCACACCGACAUGCCUCGUACUUUACCCGAGAGCAGGUUCGCUCUCGGGCCUCUAACCGGACUAACGCCGUCGCCUGCUAUUGUUUCUGCCGGCCCGAACACUAUUAGCCCUAUUUCUAAAACUGCAACCACCUUCCAGCCUCCAACAACAGACCCGACCACCGCCACCACUAGUACUACUACCGCCCCUGAUACUGGAGUAAUUUCAGACACAAAAGAACAAAUAUCAGCGCCGACUUCCAGAUUAACCGGCACACGCAAAAGAUCUGCCGAUGCACAAACAUCACUUUUUGCUCCAGAGAAAAUGCUGCAGACCAUGGUGUCUAUGGUUUCCCAGCGCACAGCAAACGAUGCCUGGGCUGCAGAUAAUGUUGGCACAUCUAUUACCUCAACAGAGAAUAGUCAAGAGGGCCUUUGUAACUGCAGCAGUGGUGGUGAGGGGAUUUUGGAUCCGGACGAGUGUGAUCAGAGCACCGGUCAGUGUUCGUGCCUGCUGGGCUACGCUGGCCUGCAGUGUGAGGACUGCGAUGAGGGACACUUCACCAACGGCACUAGUGGCUGCCAGCCCUGCACCUGCGACUCCUUCGGUGCAGUGAACCACCUCUGUGACAGCUCAGGGAUAUGUGUGUGCAAGACGGGAGUGUAUGGACCCAAGUGUGAUGAAUGCCACCCAGGUUUCUUCCACUUCAGCAGCACUGGCUGUCGGCCUUGCCAGUGUCACAACCACACCAACUACUGCCAUCCACAGUCCGGAGUGUGUCUGAACUGUGAGGGCAACACCCAGGGAUCCAACUGUGAGGAGUGUAAACCUGGUUUCUACCGCAGCCCUGAAGCUGCCCUGACCGACAUCUGUGCUCCGUGUCCCUGCUCCAACUCCACCUCCACCGGCACCUGUCACACCGAUCCCAGUGGCUCCCCAGUGUGUGACCAGUGCCUUACCCGGUACAGCGGCCCACAGUGUGACCAGUGCACCGCCGGCUUCUACAAAGCGUCCGGGGUUUGUGUUCCAUGUGACUGCAGUGGGAAUGCAGACCCUCAUGGGCCCAACCAGCUCUGUCACCCCGACACCGGCCACUGCCUCCGCUGCAUCAACAACACCACCGGGCCCCAGUGUCAGCUCUGUGCUCCGGGCUUCAUUGGGGAUGCCCAAGCACAUAACUGCACCCGUCCAACACCCCGGCUCAUUCCCACACCAGCAGAUAAAACCACAACAGAGGACCCUACAUCAACCACAUCCUCCCCCUCCACGCCCACCACCAGCACCACUUUAAUCUCCACCACAGCAAAAGGCUUCCGUGCCAUCACAACCAGAAGCAACAUGAGCACCUCUCUGAGCACUGCAGCCACCACCCAAGCCCUGCUGACCAGCCUGAGCAGCCCCACUGACAACACCACAGCGGCACUGACGGAGGUUUCCUGGACGCAGUUCAACAUCAUCAUCCUAGCCAUCAUCAUUCUGGUGGUGCUGCUGCUUCUGGGCUUCGUAGGAGGCGUGUACACGUACCGGGAGUACCAGAACCGCAAGCUCAACGCCCCGUUCUGGACCAUUGAACUGAAAGAGGACAACAUCAGCUUCAGCAGCUACCAUGACAGCAUCCCCAAUGCUGAUGUGUCAGGCCUGCUGGAGGACGAGGCCAAUGAGGUGGCGCCCAAUGGCCAGCUGGCACUGACCACGCAGAGUAACUGCUACAAGGCUUAGCACUCCAUCCAUCCCCAGACUGGACACCUAGAUAUACAGAUGACACAAAGCUGCUGGAAAGUACCAAAUCCAAAGCUCCUUCAUGUAUGACUGUUUGUUGUUACCCUGGUGGUCUCUGGCACUUCCCAACAUUUGGCAAACUGUCAGUGAGAUCAAGCAGACCUUAUCAAGAUCUGGAAAAGAGACGCAGAGUUGCCACUUGAAACGUUUUCCUUUUUUGGUAUUAUUUUAUGUGGAAUGGGCGAUCACUGAAAUGGGUCCAAAGAAAAAAGUUUUUGAGUUAUGCCUGCAGAGGGCACUGCUGUGCAGAUUAGUAAGGGAAUUGGCCAGGCGUGAGACAGGUGCUAAGCAUAAACCUGUUUGCUGAAACAAUGAUCUGACACUGAAUUGAGGACUUGCAGGAGCCUAGCAUUUCAGAUAUUUUUAAAAUGAACUUUUGACUGUUUAAGUUAUAACUGGGUCACUUGAACGGUGAUCUUAAACUGAGACAUUGAUUGUUAUUUAAUUCAUUUUAUUCAGUUCUUAUUUAUUGGUUGAUGUUUCAUUCUCGGGGGAGAAAUGCUGCACAUGUAUGAUGUGUUUAUUCAUGGUGUUUUAUCUUAUGAGCUGUUGAAUGGUAAUUUGAAUUGGCCAGUAUGUUUUCAUGUAUAGUUUGUGUGUUUUGGAGAGAGUCAUAGGGGAAGGGAAAGCUGCAGGCACAAGCAUUUUAAUGACCUCAUCUUUUGUUUAUAGCUUCCUGUCUUUUGGUUAAAUCGUGCCAGCUCACCUGAAGUAUCUAAGAGGAGUGUUUCUUUUAAAGAAAGUACAUCUACCAUUUCUAAACUCUCACCACUUGGCACUGCUACAGGUAGUGACUCAUGCUAGACUCACGUUAACCCGCAAAACCAACUUGUAAUCUAAUCUGCUUUUUGCUGCCUAUUAGUCGAACAAACCAUUCUCCACACUUAUAUGGAGGUUGGGUUAUGUGACUCAGAAUAGAAGACUGUUUAAUAUCUAAAGUAUAAACAGUACUCUAGUGUUGAUACUGUUCGUAUGAAGUACAACCAGCCUACAUCAGGUUACAUCAGCUAAGAACAGUGAGUUCCUGUAAAAUUACUUCAAAACUUCACACCUAAUCCCGGACACGGAUCCCAUGUUUUCUGUGUUGUUUAGGCUAUCAUUGGUUGGGUGUGCUUCAUUUUACCAUGGUGAAUGAGUAAAGCUAAUUAUGGAACUAACUCCUCAGGUACUGGCUCUUUCCCUAAUGUGAUCACUGUAAAUAUGAUUAUUGUACAGAUGAAUGUGAAUAGUAGCACUAUUAUUGUACAGGUAGAAUACUGUGUGUACACUGUCACUCAACAGGCUCCCGAUGUUUCACUCUGCAGGGUGUGAUAUUGCAGUCAGCCCACAGCUUUUUGUAUUUUUGUUUUUAUUUCUUAUUCUCAGUGGACUUUGCCAUAUACACAGCUGCAGGACUAAAAUGCACCACCAUGAACUCAAAACAAAGAAUAAAGUGAUGUAAAUAAUACCCCAAACUCAGAGCUCAUCUCUCAAAUAAAAAUGGGUUUAACCGUU